GCCCACAAGCUCCUGGGACAACUUGGACUCUGUCUUCAGCUGAGACCCUUGCUCCCUCCAGCACCAUGCCUUACAACUGCAUCCUGCCCAACCUGAGCUGCCGCUCCAGCUUCUCCGCCCGGCCCUGCGUGCCCCCCAGCUGUCGCAGCUGCACCCUGCCCGGGGCCUGCAACAUCCCUGCCAACGUGGGCAGCUGCAGCUGGUUCUGCGAGGGCUCCUUCAACAGCAGCGAGAAGGAGACCAUGCAGUUCCUGAACGACCGCCUGGCCAGCUACCUGGAGAAGGUGCGCCAGCUGGAGCGGGAGAACGCGGAGCUGGAGAGCCGCAUCCGGGAGCGGAGCCAGCAGCAGGAGCCGGAAGUGUGCCCCAACUACCAGUCCUACUUCCGCACCAUCGAGGAGCUCCAGCAGAAGAUCCUGUGCACCAAGUCUGAGAACGCAAGGCUGGUGGUGCAGAUUGAUAACGCCAAGCUGGCCGCAGAUGACUUCAGAACCAAGUAUGAGACGGAGCUGGGCUUGCGGCAGCUGGUGGAGUCGGACAUCAACGGCCUGCGCAGGAUCCUGGAUGAGCUGACCCUGUGCAAGGCUGACCUGGAGGCCCAGGUAGAGUCCCUGAAGGAGGAGCUGCUCUGCCUCAAGAGGAACCAUGAGGAGGAAGUCAACACCCUGCGUAGCCAGCUUGGAGACCGCCUCAACAUCGAGGUGGACGCGGCCCCCACCGUGGACCUGAACCGUGUGCUCAACGAGACCAGGAGUCAGUAUGAGGCCCUGGUGGAGACCAACCGCAGGGACGUGGAGGAAUGGUUCACCACCCAGGUGGGCAUCUCAGCACGUGGUCGCUCAGGACCCGAGGCCCCGUGGGGCCCUUUAGUCCGGGCCCGGCUGGAGAGUGAGAUCAACACGUACCGGGGCCUGCUGGAGAGCGAGGACUGCAAGCUGCCCUGCAACCCCUGCGCCACAACCAACGCGUGCGGCAAGUCCCUCGGGUCCUGCGUCUCCAAUCCCUGCACCCCCUGUGUGCCCCCUGUGCCCUGCACGCCCUGUGCCCCCCGCCCCCGCUGCAGGCCCUGCAACACCUUUGUGCGCUAGAGCCCGGGGCUGCCAGAGGAGCAAGGAGGCAGGGCCUGAGGCUCUAGGGCUUUGACCUGGCACUGGCUCAUUUGAAAAAAAGGGCCUGAAAACACAAUUUGCCUGGCUGGAGCUGCCCAGUAAGGCAGCCAAGAAACUCACCCAGCCUACUCCAGCCCACCCUUUCCCACCCUACUUUCC